AAAAGAGAGCGAGAGAAAGGGGGAGAAAUAAAUACAAGGGGCAGCGGCAGGCAGGGCGCCUCCUCUCUCUCUCUCUCUCCCUCUGUAUCCUGCACACACCGCCACCGAUCACUCGCCGGAGCCCCUCCCCCAAUGGCCGCCGCCGCCGCCGCGAUCGCGUGAUGGCCGACCCAGCCGCUCGCCGAAGAUGGACGAAGCCGGAAGGGCCUCCGCUCCCGCAGUGGUGACGGUCACGGCCUCCGCCGCCGCCCCCUCGCCUCCUCCUCCCCCGCCCCCCGCCACGGCCGCCGCCGCCGCCGCCGACCCGCCAUCGCCCGACCCGGACGCCCUCUAUGAAGAGGGAAUGUGGCAGCAGAUGACCAUGAACAGCGGUGUCACUAUGCAAUCUGGGCCAUAUCCUGUGCGGCCAGGGGAGCCGGACUGCACCUACUACCUCAGGACUGGAUUGUGCAGGUUCGGCAUGAGCUGCAGGUUCAAUCACCCUCAGGACAGGAAUACGGCUAUUGCCUCUGCCAGAAUGAAAGGAGAAUAUCCUGAGAGGGUGGGACAGCCUGAAUGUCAGUACUAUCUGAAGACUGGAACAUGCAAGUUUGGGCCUACGUGCAAAUUCCAUCACCCUAGAGAAAAGGCUGGAAUCGCAGGAAUGGUGCAGCUAAAUGCAUUGGGAUAUCCACUUCGACCGAAUGAAAGGGAGUGUGCAUACUACUUAAAAACGGGACAGUGUAAAUAUGGGAAUACAUGUAAAUUUAACCAUCCAGAAAUUUUCAAUGCGGUGGCUUCUUCACGUGGUUCCCCUAUUUAUCCUCCUGUACAUACCUCUGGAAGCACUGGUCCACAUUCCUAUACUGGAACAAUGGCAAGUUGGACUUAUCCAAGAGGUUCUUUCAUUCCAAGCCCUAGAUGGCAAAGUCCUUCAAACUAUACACCGAUGAUUGUACCGCAGGGUCUUGUUCAAGUACCAAGCUGGAACUCAUAUCCUGGGCAAAUGGUACCUGUUUCAUCUCCUGAGAGUCGACUACAGUCUCCAGGAGCUCAACAAUACUAUGGAACUUCUCGACAAGGUGAAGGCAGUGCAGGAAAUCAGGGAAUGCAAUCACCCUACAGAUCCAGUUCAUUUCCUGUACCUCAGUAUGCACUGCAGAGAGAGAAUGUAUUUCCUGAGAGACCUGAUCAACCGGAAUGCAUAUACUACAUAAAGACUGGAGACUGUAAAUUUGGUGCAGUUUGCAAAUUCCAUCAUCCCCGUGUGCGUUCACAGCCUCCCCCAGACUGUAUCUUGAGCCCAAUGGGUCUUCCAUUACGCCCAGGGGAGGAGCUCUGCAAGUUCUACUCUCGCUAUGGCAUCUGCAAGUUUGGCGUAAACUGCAAGUUCGACCAUCCGAUGGCGGCCCCGAUGGGGGUCUACGCGUACGGCUACUCCGCGUCGGCGUCGCCCAACGCGCCCAUGGCUCGCCGUCUCCUGGAGUCGCCCUCCGGGUCUGCGUACGCGUCCUAAGGCUCCCCGGCAAUUUGACCUUGAUUGAUCUCGAUGAUGAUGUAUAAAAAGCCAUCGCGCGCCGUCCGUCCUCGGUCGCGCCCCGCGAAUGUUCUCUCCCCCUAACUCCCCCGGAAUCAAGUUCUGUAAAAAUCGAGUUUGCUACCAGAGAUGUACAGUUAUUUUUGUUAAUGCGGGUCCUUGGAUGGAUGGAUGGAUGGAGAAGCCAUUUGCUACCGAAUGAAAUAAUGGUUGAAUGCAGUCGUUGGAAA